UAAGCUUCUAAUCCUGCGAGAGACUAGAGUGAGCUUCGUACCAAUCUUAUCUUCUACGUUUCGCGCGUCUAAUACGGGAAUCUGGCCAAUUUCCUUCCGUUCCAACUUCAAACGCGGCGGCGCGUCGCUCGGCUUCACCGGAGGUGAUCGAGUCGGUGCAUACGAUGGUGAGGUUCGACAGGAAACGAGUGAGCCAGAUGGUUGUAGGCAUUGGCGGGAACGGUGUGGGCCAAGUUUUGGUCGCCGUCGCGGCGGCUUUCCUCGUCCGGUUUAUCUCCGGACCAGAACCUGCUCUUCCGCCGGAACAUGAAAUCGAGCUCGAGGACGGGGAGAAGGAAGACGGAGACGUUCAGGUAGAUGAAGAAGAAGCUCCAGCAUCCGGGAAAGUCACUCCGGUGACAAUCCGGUGGCGCAACAUCUCGUGCUCUCUCUCUGAUAAAUCCGCCAAAUCAGUGCGAUUUCUGCUUAAGAAUGUCAGCGGACAAGCGAAACCCGGAAGAUUAUUGGCAAUAAUGGGACCGUCGGGUUCAGGAAAAACAACGUUGCUCAAUAUUCUGGCGGGUCAGCUAGCGGCUUCGUCACGGUUACAUCUCUCAGGCACAAUAGAUUUCAAUGGAAAGCCUGAUUCAAAUAAGAGAGCUUACAGGUUUGCUUAUGUGAGACAGGAGGACCUCUUUUUCUCACAGCUUACUGUGCGAGAGACAUUGAAUCUUGCUGCUGAACUUCAGCUUACUGAGAUAUCUUCCGUAGAAGAGAGGGAAGAAUAUGUGAACAAUCUGCUCUUGAAACUAGGUUUGGUCAACUGUGCGGAAUCAUGUGUGGGUGAUGCAAGAGUUCGUGGCGUCAGUGGGGGUGAAAAGAAACGUUUGUCUCUAGCAUGUGAACUGAUUGCGAGCCCAUCUAUUAUAUUUGCUGAUGAACCCACAACUGGACUUGAUGCAUUCCAGGCAGAAAAAGUAGUGGAGACACUUCAGCAACUUGCUAAGGAUGGACAUACUGUAAUCUGCUCGAUACAUCAACCUAGAGGUUCUGUGUAUGCUAAAUUUGAUGAUAUUGUAUUGCUGACAGAGGGUGCUCUUGUAUAUGCCGGUCCUGCUCAUGAGGAACCUUUGGAAUACUUCUCUAAAUUUGGGUAUAUUUGCCCCGACCAUGUGAAUCCUGCUGAGUUUCUGGCAGAUCUUAUAUCAAUAGACUAUAGUUCUGCAGAUAGUGUGUACUCCUCUCAGAAGAGGAUCUAUGGUCUUGUUGAGUCAUUCUCACGAUAUUCUUCAACAAUUUUGUACGCAACCCCAAUUGAGAAAAGGCAAAUCUCGGCUAGUAUGAAAUUCAGGAAAAGUAAGCCUCUGAAGAAAGGAUGCUGGUGGAGGCAAUUCUGCUUGCUUCUCAAGCGUGCAUGGAUGCAGAUUUGGGAAGUUCUGCAGUAUUGUCACUGUUGAAUCUUUUGCUGCGUCUGCUAUGGGUCUCACUGUAGGGGCUAUGGUUCCUAGCACAGAAGCAGCGAUGGCAGUAGGACCCUCGCUCAUGACAGUUUUUAUUGUAUUUGGUGGCUAUUAUGUCAAUGCAGACAACACACCCAUUAUCUUUCGUUGGAUUCCUAGUGUUUCUCUUAUAAGAUGGGCCUUCCAAGGGCUUUGCAUCAAUGAGUUUAAAGGUCUUCAAUUUGAUUGUCAGCAUUCAUUUGAUAUUCAAACUGGAGAACAGGCACUUGAACGUCUCUCUUUUGGUCGAAGCCGCAUUACGGAUACAUUGAUUGCUCAAAGUAGAAUACUUAUUUUCUGGUAUUACACCACUUACCUUCUCCUAGAAAAAAACAAGCCCAAAUACCAGCAGCUUGAGCCACCGCCUCUUAACGAAAUACUGUCGGAUCUGCAAAUCGAAUCAUUUGAUAUUGACAACACAGACAAAACCCAGCCUGAGGAAGACCUACAAAUCGAAUCCGUCGAUAAUGACAACAUGGAAGAAACGCAGCCUGAGGCACUCCCGUCUCUUGAUCAAGUUGAAUCAAAGGACGACGGUUUUGAAACACCUCCAAUUGAUCAAAUCCGACCAUUUAUCCUAGAAGGUGCUAAGUAAGGAGAUGUCAUGGCAAUAAAAGGAGGGCCUGUAGGCUGUAGGCUUACUUAAGUUAACUAAUAAGCUGUUGUAGGUGUAGAAUGUGACAAUGCAGUUAUUUUGCAUUCAAUGCUUAAAUUGAGUUAUGAAUUUAAUGUGUAAUAAUAAUUUUGAUGAGGUUUCCAUUUUGGAGAGGAUGAAGGAUGACUUGUGGUUACAGAGCA